CCCUACUUCAUGAUGCCUCACAAAGUUUACAACUUGGAAAUUUUUAUCUAAUAAUGGAUGCUGUAGGCGGCACAGCUAGCAUCUUCCACCUUACAUAUCAGUUUUUCAGUCGCAUCCAGCAAGCUCGGGCGUUUGAAGAAGAAUUCGGCCUCUACCAGCUCCAACUCAAAGUGCACCUCUCCCGCUGUGCCACCGUCUCAAGCAUCCUCUACAACAUGAACGGCGCCGAUGAUAUUCUAGCGAUACAUGGAACAGAUGAUCCAGCAAAGGCAUCAGUAAACCAGGAACCAACAAUAGCGGAGAUUCUCUCUGCAAUCCAAGAUAGGCUCCGCAAAGCGCAGCAAGAGGCUGCAGAGAUGGAGGCUAUCUUCUUGAGAAUCGGCACACCGCGACCAGAAACCGCUGACGGCGUCGAAACGAUGCGACUUCGAAUGACAGGAUAUUUCAACGAACGAAAAGUCCAAGCAGCGAAAACCGUUGAAGGAAUAAAAUGGGCUUUUUAUAAGAAAGAUAAACACGAUAAAUUUAUCGCAGACAUAUCCGCGCUCAUCAAACACCUUGAGCGCAAAGUCAACACUAACAGCGACGGUCUUUUACUCGGUAAUUCUCCGAUCAUAUACAUUGCGCAAGCCCAUUCUUCAGCCAUUUGAGGUAUGAAGUGGAAUGCGACGAUAGUAUUCGAAUAGUCAAUUAGUAUAGGGGCCUGGCAUAGCGACA